AUGAAGCGCAAGAACGAAGCACCGCCCAAUGGCAAGUCCAAGAAGCGCGCCAUCUCUGACGACGAGGCGCAUGGCAAUUUCCGUAAAGGCCUGUUCGACAGCAACGUCCUCGCCGACUACACCAACUACUAUGCCGGAUCGCAACCAUACAAGCACGCCGUGAUCCAGAACCUCAUCGACGACCAGCUUCUCCGCAAUGUGCGCAACGAAAUUCGCGAGCACAUCUCCUUCACGCCGAAAGAGACGGACAUCUACAAGAUCCACCAGUCCGGUGAUCUUGCCAACCUCGACGGCCUCGACGAUGCUGCCCUCAAGCGCCUGCCCUCGCUCCUGACUCUCCGCGACUCGCUCUACUCUUCCGCGUUCCGCAAAUACCUCUCUUCGAUAACUGGCUCUGGGCCACUGAGCGGGGUGAAGACAGAUAUGGCAGUGAAUGUGUACACCCCCGGGUGCCAUCUCCUCUGCCACGACGACGUCAUUGGUAGCCGCCGUGUGAGCUGGAUCCUGUACCUGCUGGACCCGGACAUACCCUGGAAACCAGAGUGGGGUGGUGCACUGCGCCUGUACCCAACCAAAAACCUGGAGACUGCCGAGGGAGACGAUGUCAAGGUGCCACAGCCCGAAUUCACAGAGGUCAUACCACCAGCGUGGAACCAGUUAUCCUUCUUUACCGUGCAGCCAGGCGAGAGCUUUCACGACGUCGAGGAGGUAUACAAGCGUGGUGGAGGUGGUACGGAAGAGGAGGAUGGUGGUCGCAUACGCAUGGCUAUUAGCGGUUGGUUCCACAUUCCCCAGGAAGGCGAGGAGGGGUACGAAGAAGGCAUGGAAGAGAAGCUUGCUGAGAAAAGUUCUCUUGCCCAGCUGCAGGGUGGAAAAGCCGACGUCUUUGACGAACCGCAGUCAAACUGGGUCGAGAACCCGCACUGGGAAGCACAAGCAAAAGCGCAAGACGACCAGAUGACUGGCGACGAGCUGGACUUCUUGCUCAAAUACAUGAACCCUAAUUACCUCGUCCCGGAUACCGUCGAAGACAUCACACGCCUGUUCUCAGACGAAUCCUCUGUACGGCUAGCAGAGUUCCUGUCGCCCAAGUUCUGCGCCCGCCUCCGCGAAUACCUAGAAUCAAAAGACCACGAGGCAAACCCCAGCCUCCCCGCAAACCCCUUCUUCACGGCGCAGUCCGAAGUCGGCGUCGCACGACCACCCCAUAAGCACCGCUUCCUCUACCGCAAAGCAGUCCAACCGAUCCAAACCAGCUAUCCCGAUAACGCCACCUUAACCCCCUACGACGACCUCGUCGACGUGCUCUUCCCCCACCCCGCCUUCACAAAGUGGCUCUCCCUCGUUACAGGCAUCACCCUCACCAAGAGCAACAUCCUCGCCCGCCGCUUCCGCCAAGGCCUCGAUUACACGCUUGCAACCGCCUACGAAGAAGAAGACCCCCAGCUCGAAGUCUGCCUGGGCAUCACGCCGUCCAAGGGCUGGGGCGACGACGAAGAAGAUACCGAGGAAGAGGCACAGCAAAAUGGGUCCUCUAGCAAGACCAACGGAAAAGCCGCCGCAAAGCCAGAAGAAGAAGUCGGCGGCUACGAAAUGUACAUGGCGGGCGAAGAAGACGAGGGCACCGACGCUGGCGCCCCCGAGCCGUCUACUUCCACGGGCGCGGGCCAGCGUCGCAAAGCCAAGGCCGACCCAGCCGUAUAUAAGAGCGCGGCGGAUGAGGAUGACGAUGGUAUCCUCUUUAGUCAGCCUGCUGCGUGGAACAAUCUUGCGAUUGUGCUGAGGGAUAGAGGCGUGCUGCGGUUUACGAAGUACGUUAGCAAAGCGGCGAAGGGCGACCGGUGGGAUAUCUGCGGCGAGUAUGGUGUUGAGUUUGGGGAGGAUGAUGAGGAUUCGGCGGUUGGGGAUGUGGAUGACUAA